ACGUUCGUAAAGUCCGGAGAAGAGAAUCGAAACAGAAACAGAUCCUGCAACUUCUGUGACCUGUGGGUGGAACACAGCGCUUAAAGCUCCCUGCGCGGGCGACCAGAGCGCAUCAGUCGCAGAGCGAGAGUGGUCCGGAGUCUACACCCACCCGCUGCAGCGCAUUCCUGGCCCACUUGCCACCUGCCAGGAACCACCGAUCAAUCCACCUGAAGCCACCAGUACCUGCAGCGACCAGGCAGCAUCGAAGGGGACCCACACCCACCUGUGGAUCGUCCGCCCUCCCGCCCGCCGGGGAGACUCCUCUCCCUUUCCGUGAGAACCAAGGAUGUCGAACGUCUGUUCGACAGAGGACAGCUUCCGCUAUCUCAUCUUAAUCUUCAGGACCAGGUUGAAAAGGUCCUUUCAGGUGGAGCCGGUGUUGGACUACCUGACCUUUCUGACCGCAGAAACCAAAGAGCAGAUUCUGAAGCAGGCCACCACCGGUGGGAACACCAGCGCUGCGGAAAUGCUGCUGAGCACCUUGGAGAAGGGGAAGUGGCCGCUGGGCUGGACGCAGACGUUCGUGGAGGCCCUGGAGCGCAGUGGCAGCUCCCUAGCCGCCCGCUAUGUCAGACCCAACGAUCUGCCCUCUCCCUCCUAUGAGACUGCCCAUGACGAAUGUCUCCAGCUGCUGAACCUCCUUCAGCCUACUCUGGUGGACAAGCUCCUGAUUAACGAUGUCUUGGAUACUUGCGUGGAGAUGGGGCUGUUGACAGUUGAGGACCGAAAUCGGAUUUCUGCUGCGGGGAACGCUGGGAAAGAGUCGGGCGUGCGGGAACUGCUGAGAAGGAUCGUGCACAAGGAGAACUGGUUUUCCACUUUCCUGACGGUUCUUCGCCGAACUGGGAAUGAGGCUCUCUGCCAAGAGCUAACAGGUGCCGGCGGGUCCGAAGACCUUUCAGAGUUGGAGAGUUCGUCUCCUGAAGAUGGGCCCGAAGCGAAAGAGUCUGUUCUGAAGGCUCUAGAUGAGUCAAGUCUGGAGACAGAACCCUGGGACACGGAGAAUUCUUCACCGGAGGUCUCCUUUGCAGACUCUUCCAUGAAGGCAGAAUCAGACACAAGUUUGGCAGAAGGAAGUGUCAGCUGCUUAGAUGAAAGUCUUGGACAUAACAGCAACAUGGGCAGUGAUUCAGGCAUCAUGGGAAGAGAUUCAGAUGAAAGAGUGGGGGCACAAAGAGCUUCCCCUGAGCCUGAACUGCAGCUCAGGCCUUACCAAAUGGAGGUGGCCCAACCAGCCUUGGAGGGGAAGAAUCUUAUAAUCUGCCUUCCCACGGGGAGCGGGAAAACCAGAGUGGCUGUUUACAUCACUAAGGAUCACUUGGACAAGAAGAAGCAGGCAUCGGAGCCUGGGAAGGUGAUAGUCCUUGUCAAUAAGGUAAUGUUAGCUGAGCAGCUUUUCCGCAAAGAGUUCAACCCAUUUUUGAAGAAAUGGUAUCGCAUUAUUGGUUUGAGUGGUGAUACCCAGCUGAAGAUAUCGUUUCCAGAGGUUGUCAAGUCUUAUGAUGUCAUCAUCAGCACAGCUCAGAUCCUGGAGAAUUCCCUCUUAAAUCUGGAGCGUGGAGAGGAUGAUGGUGUGCAGCUGUCAGAUUUCUCCCUCAUUAUCAUUGACGAAUGCCAUCAUACCAACAAGGAGGCGGUGUACAACAACAUCAUGAGGCGGUAUUUGAAGCAGAAGUUGAAAAACAAUGGCCUCAAGAAACAAAACAAGCCAGUAACUCCCCUGCCACAGAUCCUAGGACUGACAGCUUCACCAGGUGUUGGAGGAGCCAAAAAGCAAGCCGAGGCUGAAAAACAUAUUUUAAAUAUAUGUGCCAAUCUUGAUGCCUUUACCAUUAAAACAGUGAAAGAGAAUCUUGAUCAACUUAAACACCAAAUAAAGGAACCAUGCAAGAAGUUUGUGAUUGCUGAUGACACCAGAGAAAAUCCAUUUAAAGAGAAACUUAUAGAAAUUAUGACCAGCAUCCAAACUUACUGCCAAAUGAAUCCAAUGUCAGAUUUUGGAACCCAGCCUUAUGAGCAAUGGGCCAUUCGUAUGGAAAAUAAAGCUGCCAAAGAUGGAAACCGCAAAGACCGUGUCUGCGCAGAGCACUUGAGGAAGUACAACGAAGCCCUACAAAUCAAUGACACUAUCCGGAUGAUUGACGCAUACAGUCACCUGGAGACUUUCUACAGCGACGAGAAAGAAAAGAAGCUUGCGGCCCUAGAGGACGACGAUGAUGAGAGCGGAGAUGAUGCCAGCAGCAAUGACGAUGUAAAGAAACCUCUGAAGCUGGACGAAACAGAUAAAUUUCUCAUGAAUUUAUUCUUUGAUAACAAGAAAAUGCUGAAAAAACUUGCUGAAAACCCAAAAUAUGAAAAUGAAAAACUCAUUAAAUUAAGAAACACUAUAUUGGAGCAAUUUACAAAGUCUGAGGAAUCAUCUCGAGGAAUUAUUUUCACAAAAACGCGGCAGAGCACCUAUGCCCUUUCCCAGUGGAUUAAGGAAAAUGAAAAGCUCGCAGAAGUCGGCGUCAAAGCGCAUCAUCUCAUCGGAGCAGGACACAGCAGUGAAGUCAAGCCCAUGACGCAGAAUGAACAAAAAGAAGUCAUUAGUAAAUUUCGCACUGGAAAAAUAAAUCUGCUUAUCGCUACCACAGUGGCAGAGGAAGGCCUGGAUAUCAAAGAAUGCAAUAUUGUUAUUCGCUAUGGCCUCGUCACUAAUGAAAUAGCCAUGGUCCAGGCCCGCGGUCGAGCCAGAGCCGACGAAAGCACUUAUGUCCUGGUCACCAGCAGUGGCUCGGGAGUUACUGAACGUGAGAUUGUUAAUGAUUUCCGAGAGAAGAUGAUGUAUAAAGCUAUAAACCGUGUUCAGAAUAUGAAACCAGAGGAGUAUGCACAUGAGAUUUUGAAGUUACAGGUACAAAGUAUCUUGGAAAAGAAAAUGAAAAUCAAAAGAAGUAUUGCAAAGCAUUACAAUAACAACCCAUCAUUAAUAACUCUACUCUGCAAAAAUUGUAGUAUGCUCGUCUGCUCGGGAGAAGACAUCCACGUGAUUGAGAAGAUGCAUCAUGUCAACAUGACACCGGAAUUCAAAAGACUCUACAUUGUAAGAGAAAACAAAGCACUGCAAAAGAAGUUUGCAGAUUAUCAAACAAAUGGAGAGAUUAUCUGCAAAUGUGGCCAGGCUUGGGGAACCAUGAUGGUGCACAAAGGUUUAGAUUUGCCUUGUCUCAAAAUAAGGAAUUUUGUAGUGGAUUUCAAAAAUGACUCGUCAAAGAAACAAUAUAAGAAGUGGGUGGAAUUGCCUAUCAGAUUUCCUGCUCUUGAUUGCUCAGAAUAUUGCAUGUAUAGUGAUGAAGACUAGCUCUUGAUUCAUGAUUAGUUUACAAGGUUGCCAACUCGAACUUUAGUAUGAUUUUGAUUGAUGUUGUCAUUACACCACUGAGCUAAUACAAGAAUAUAUAAAUGAUCAUUUUUGUUUGGUUUUAACUUGUGUAAAGAAAGAACACAAUGCAUACCCCUUACUGGUUAUAAAUGUAAUUGUUAAUCUAAAUUGUCAGUUUGAUGAGCUCUGGCAUCACCUGGGAGAUGGGCUUCUGGGGUUGCCUUUAAGGGAUUGUUUUAACUUGAUUAAGGUAGGAAGAACUGACCACUGCGAAUGGUCCCAUUCUCCGGGCUUGUGUCCUGGACUGUAUAAAACUGAGAAAACUAACUGAACCUGCAUUUUCACUCAUAAUUCUGCUUCUUGACUGUGGAAUGCAAUAUGACAAGCUACCCCCAAGCUCCUGCUGCUGCUGUGACAUCCCCACAGGAAUGGAUUAUGACCUUAAACUGGGCGCUACAAGAAAUCCUUCCUGCCCACAUUGCAUUGGUCAGGGCAUGUUAUCACAACAAUGGAAAAAAAGUAACUAAGACAAUAGGGAUGAAGAAAAUCUGCCAAUAAUACUCAUUAGUGUAGAGUGUUACCGUUUUGUAGAAAAUACCGGAGUAUGAGUGAGAAGAAUCCCAGAUACCAAUCUCAGCCAGUUCUGUCACGGAUCAAUGUGGAAUAUGAUUUUAUCUGGGCAAAGAUGUAUUACAUUCGUUUAUUCUGUGGAAUAUUAUUUUAACUGUGUAAAGAUGUGUCACUUUUGUUUAUGCUGCAUUUGUUUAAUUAUGUAAAGAUGUGUCACAUUUUGUGUUUUGUGAUUUUAAAUAUACCCAUUUAUUAAAACA